CAAAGCGCACGGUGCGGCUCAGACGCAUCAGUAGCGCAGCCUGCCCCAAGAAUACACACUAACACCAGCAAAGACUUUACAAAAAAAAAAAAAAAAAGAAGAAGAAGAAGUUUUUUUUACGUUAAAUAAUAGUUUCUGUCAUAAAUUCGAUUUUUAAAUAUUUUUUUCUGUGCGCGAGCAUGAGGCGCUUGGUGCUGUUGGCGCUGUGCGCGUGCAGCGCGGUGGUGUGUGUGCCGAAGUCAGGCAGGAAUAAGCGACAACAACAACAACAGGUGCUGCCGGGCAUACCGGUGGAAGAGCUGGCAUACACACGGCAAGCUGUCUGUACGGAGAAUGGGCGUUUUUACCAAGUCAAUGACCAAUGGGAACGACCGUACAUGGGCAGCACGUUACUGUGCACGUGCAAAGGAUCGGCCGGCAUCCAGUGUGAAUCAAAACCCGCAGGUGAAGAGAUGUGCUUCGAUAAAGUCAACGCGAGGUCGUACCGCGUGGGCGAGACGUACGAGCGGCCGAAGGACGGGAUGAUCUGGGACUGCACCUGCAUCGGCUCGGGUCGAGGCAAAAUCAGCUGCACCAUCGCAAAUCGCUGCCACGAAGGAGGUCGCUCAUACCGGAUCGGCGAGACCUGGACAAGACCUCACGACACAGGCGACUACAUGCUCGAGUGCGUGUGCCUCGGAAACGGAAAGGGCGAGUGGACCUGCAAACCCAUCGCUGAGCGCUGCUACGACACGUCAGUCGGCGCAUCGUACGUGGUUGGGCAGACGUGGGAGAAACCUUAUCAGGGCUGGAUGAUCGUCGACUGCACAUGUUUGGGUGAAGGGAAUGGGCGCAUCACCUGCACCUCUAGGAACCGCUGUAACGACCAGGACAUGAGGAAGUCGUACCGUAUCGGCGAGACGUGGACCAAAGUGGACUCCCAAGGCCGUGCACAGCAGUGUGUGUGUACAGGAAAUGGACGUGGCGAAUGGAAGUGUGAGAGUCACACGUCUGCGCAAACGGCCCUCGGUGAGUGCGAUACAGGUUCAGGCUCAGGCUUGUCCACUCAGGUCAAACCCGUCACUCACCAGCUGAACAUCCUGCCCGUGCUGGCUGAGAUCGGUACAUGUCAGACCAGAUCUGGCACCAUCUACUACGACGGCAUGCGCUGGGUCCAAACUCAGGGCAGCCAGCAGAUGAUCUGCACCUGCGUUAACGGAGGCAUCGGCUGCGAGGAAUGGGAUGGUCAGUCUCAUGUGUAUGGUGGAAACUCUAACGGCCAGCCGUGUGUGUUCCCCUUCACGUUUGGUGGAAAAACACACUACUCAUGCAUCUCUGAAGGCCGAACUGACGGCCAGCUUUGGUGCAGCACCACCUCCGACUACGACACGGAUCGGCAGUACUCUUUCUGUACUCAGAGGAACUUGAUGGUGACGACUCGUGGUGGAAACUCUAAUGGCGCGCUGUGCCAGUUUCCCUUCCUGUACAACGGCCGUAAUUACACAGACUGCACAGCCGAUGGCCGACGCGAUGGGAUGAAGUGGUGUGGCACUACAGCGAACUAUGAUGAUGAGCGACGCUACGGAUUCUGUCCCAUGGCAGCUCAUGAGGAAAUUUGCACAGUAAAUGACGUCAUGUACCGCCUGGGUGAUGAGUGGGACAAGCGCCAUGACACCAUGGGUCACAUGAUGCGCUGCAAGUGUGUUGGUAACGGCCGGGGCGAGUGGAGUUGCGUCGCCCACUCACAGAUUCGAGAUCAGUGUAUUGUAGACGGACUCACAUAUGAAGUGGACCAGACGUUUGACAAGCGCCACAACGAGGGCUACAUGAUGAACUGCACAUGCUUCGGUCAGGGCCGUGGCCGCUGGAAAUGCGACGCUAUCGAUCAGUGCCAAGAAGCCGAGACGAAAGUGUUCUAUCAGAUCGGUGAGACAUGGGAUAAAGUGAGCCACGGUGUCCGAUACCGGUGUACCUGUUACGGAAACGGCAUCGGAGAACAUGCCUGCGAGCCUCUCGAGUCCAGGGUUCCAGUACGCGUGACCAUCACGGAGACAGGAAACCAGCCCAACUCGCACCCCAUCCAGUGGAACCCACCAGCAUCAGCCCACAUUACUCAGUACAUCCUCAAGUGGAAAGUCAAGAACACGCGGACUCCGUGGAGAGAGGUCAUCAUCCCCAGCCACAUCAACUCCUACACCAUCUCCGGCCUGAAACCGGGCCUCACCUACGAGGGUCAGCUGAUCAGCAUCCUAAACUACGGUCACAGAGAGGUGACUCGCUUCGAUUUCACCACUUCCUCUGGCUCACUGGUUCCUACGGAAGGUGUGACGACUCAGAACACUCGAGUGUUAGACACGUCUGAAUCCAUCACCGAGAUCACAUCCAGCAGUUUCGUUGUUUCCUGGACGUCAGCGUCUGAGACCAUCUCCGGGUUCAGAGUGCAGUACGAACUCUCUGAGGAGGGAGCUGAGCCCACGGUGAUCGAUCUCCCACGCACGAGCACAUCAGUGAACAUCGACAGACUCCUGCCAGGCCGAACGUACCACGUCCAGGUUUACGAAGUCGAGCCGGAAGGAGACACAAACCUCAUCCUGACAACCACUCAGACCACUGCUCCCGAUACGCCGAGCGAUCACCGAGUUACGGAGGUUAGAGAAACAUCCAUCGUGAUCUCCUGGACCAAACCACAUGCGCCGAUCACCGGUUACCGUGUGGUGUACACCCCGUCCGUUGAAGGCAGCAGCACUGAGCUGAACCUGCCUGAGACGGUGACCUCGGUGACCUUGGUUGACCUCCAGCCCGGACAGUCGUAUAAUGUCAGUAUCUUCGCUGUGGAGGGAAACCUGGAGAGUGAAGCAGUGGUGCUGCAGGUCCGUACGGCCGGAGAGUCACAGCCCGAGGAAGUCCAGGCACCGACUGAGCUGCAGUUCUACGAGGUCACUGACGUGAAGAUCACUAUCACCUGGACCGGACCACCCAGCGAGGUGUCGGGCUACCGCGUGACCUACGAACCCGUGAGUUCGGACGGCCACUCAACCCAGAGGCCGCUAGCGCUCCCCACCACGCCCAACGCCUACGCCGAGAUCACACACCUGCAGCCCGGCACCUUGUACCGCUUCUACGUGUACGCCGUCUACGGUGGAGCUGAGAGCCAGCCGCUGGUGGGCGAGAAGUCUACCCGACCUGACGCUCCUACGGACCUGCGCUUCCCAGACGUGACAGAAGACACUGUUCUGGUGGUGUGGUCCGCCCCGCAGGCCCGUAUCACCGGUUACCGCCUCUACAUAACCACGGAGGACUCCACCUCUCCGACGCUGCUCAGAAUCCGACCUGAAGAGACCCAGUACACCGUCCCGAACCUGCAGCCUGACACGAUGUACACCGUCACACUGCACUCGGAGCACGGCAGCACACUGAGCGAGGGCGUCUCCGGAACUGUCACUACCACUGUGCCGAUUGGUAACGCCCCCCGUUUCUCCACGGACGUCACCGACAGCUCCAUCAUCAUCUCCUGGACUCCUGUUCCUCGCUUCAGCUACAGGAUGUCGGUGAAGCCCAGUCAGGGCGGCGAGGCUCCCAGGGUCGUGACCUCCGACUCGGGAAGCAUCUACAUUUCAGGCCUGACCCCCGGCGUGGAGUACACCUACAGCCUGCAGCCCAUCAUCAACGGCCGCAAGCAGGGCAACGCUAUCACGCGCAACGUUGUGACACCGUUAUCUCCACCGAGCGAUCUGAAUCUGGUCUCCAACCCCAACACGGGCGACCUCAGCGUACGCUGGCGUGAGAGCACGACGCCCGACAUCACGGGUUACCGGGUGACAUGUACGCCCACCUUGGGGCAGCGUGCAAAUUCCCUGGAGGAGUUUGUUCGAGGCCAGCAGACUUCGUGCACGCUGGAGAACCUGAGCCCUGGUGUUGAGUACAAUGUCAGCGUCUACACCGUUAAAAACCACAUCGAGAGCGAACCCAUCUCCUCAGUUAUCACGCAAGACGUGCCGAAGGUGAGCGACCUCGGCUACGUCAACGUCACCGACACCACCAUCGGGAUUCAGUGGACGCUUCUAAACCACCCCGCCGUUACGGGGUACCGCGUCACGGUACUGGCCGCCGGGGAGAGUUUGCCCAUCCUGGAGGAUUCGCUGGAUUCGGGCACCGGUUUUUAUACGGUUCGAGGGCUGGAGCCCGGGGUCGACUACCACAUCAGUGUCAUCACGCUCACGGAGGAGAGCGAGAGCGAGCCAACAACGAUCACGCAGCAAACGCAAGCUGGUGUUCCGGCUCCCACCAACCUGAAAUUCGGUGAGGUUGGUCCAGACUCGAUGCGCCUCUCCUGGACCCGCCCCUCGGUCCGCCAGUCAGAGAUCAGCCGCUUUGUGAUUCGCUAUCACCCGAGCAACGACGACGACAACAUACAAGAAGUAAACGUGGGCGGAGCAACCAGCACCUACCUCCUCCAACACCUGCUUCCCGUCACUGAGUACGUGGUGAGCGUGUCGUGUGUGUAUGGCCAGAGAGAGAGCACCCCGGUCACGGGCAGACAGACCACCAAUCUCGACUCUCCCAGCGGCCUGGUCUUCUCCGAUGUGUUCACACACUCGUUCACGGCAAACUGGCAGGCCCCGCGCGCCCCAAUCACAGGCUACCGGCUGGCAUACGAGGCGACCAGCGGAGGGCGGCGUCAAGAGGAACGUCUGCCACCGAGCCGCACGCGUUACGCCCUGAACAACCUGCAGCCCAACACACUGUACACGCUGCGCAUCUACGCCGUCAGCGGCCGCCAGGAGAGCCAACCUCUCACCGGCACGCAGGCUACCAUCUCAGAUGCUCCCACUGACCUGGAGGUGACCUCAUCCACCCCGAACAGCAUCACCAUUUCCUGGGACGCUCCUGCUAUUCCAGUGCGCUACUACAGGAUCAAACACGAACAGACUGGAGAGCGCGGCUCUGGCCAGGAGUUCACCGUGCCGGGUACAGAGUCGACGGCCACCAUCGGUGGCCUCCAGCCGGGCACCGAUUACACCGUCACCAUCUACGCAGUGACUGGCAGAGGAGACAGUCCAGCGUCCAGCACACCGACCAUCAUCACACACCGCACCGGCAGCCACGGCGUCCCAUCUCCCUCAGAUCUAGAAGUGACCGAUAUCCAGGACCAGGCCAUCGUGGUGCGCUGGAGUCCUGCCAGAGGCCCAAUCACCGGCUACAGGGUCACCGGGCGCCCCAGAAAUGGAGUGGGACCCACUUUCUCCAAGGAGGUGGGACCAGAUCAGACAGAGUUGAGAAUAACGGGUCUGGUUCCGACGGUGGAGUACGUAAUCAGCGUGUAUGCCAUCAGCCGUGAUGGAGAGAGCACACCGGUGGUGGAGAAAGCAACUACCAUCAAGAGCGUCCCAUCUCCCUCAGAUCUAGACGUGACCGAUAUCCAGGACCAGGCCAUCGUGGUGCGCUGGAGUCCUGCCAGAGGCCCAAUCACCGGCUACAGGGUCACUGGGAGCCCCAAAAACGGAGUGGGACCCACUUUCUCCAAGGAGGUGGGACCAGAUCAGACAGAGUUGAGAAUAACAGGUCUGGUGCCGACGGUGGAGUACGUAAUCAGCGUGUAUGCCAUCGGCCGUGAUGGAAAGAGCACACCGGUGGUGGAGAGAGCAACUACCAUCAAGCCAACGGACAGUCCCACAGAUUUGACGUUCUCUGAUGUGGACAGCUCCUCGGUGCGCGUGUCCUGGCGUCCCCCACAGGGUCGUGUCACCUCGUACCGCGUCUUCUACUCAAGCCCAGAGACCGGAGAACGCGAGUGGAGUCCAGCGCCGAGCAGGAACGACGACAACGUGCUUCUCCAACACCUGAGACCCGGAACCGAAUAUAGCGUCAGAGUGAUCGCCACAACCGACCGGGGUGCCACCGCGGAGUUGGCGGGAACACACACCACCGUUGUCCCCGCCCCCACCAACAUCCAGUUUGGAGACGUGGGCCCCUCAUCCUUUGUGGUGCUCUGGAGGGCACCAGGCAUCAGGCUGAAUGGAUACCGUGUCCUCGUGAAGCCCAAAAACAACAUUGCGCAACCGAAAGAGCUGAACGUAGCUCCCGAUUCCAUGCAGGUCACCGUCACUGGACUUCUGGUGUCCACGGUGUACGAGGUGUACGUGUACGCGUUGAAGGAUUCGGUCAGCAGUCCACCGCUUGUUGGAGAGGUCACUACAACCGGCGAAGACAUCAGCCCUCCACGGCGCCCUCGCGUCAACGAAGUGAAGGACACGAGCAUUACGCUCAACUGGCGCGCCAAGAUCGAGCCGAUAACAGGCUUCUUAAUCGAGGCCACGCCUAUAUCAGGAAACUAUCCAACCAUCAGGAAAGAGAUUCCAGGUGAACAUCGCAGUGCUGUAAUUACAGGUCUUCAUCCUGGCACCGCUUACAAAAUCAACAUCUACACCUUGAACGGAGACAGACGCAGCGCACCCUUCACCCUCAGCACCAACACAAUCGGUUCAUCCCUCCAGCCCCCCACUGACCUCAGGUUCCAGGCUCUAUCUCCGACCUCCAUCUCCUUUAACUGGCAGCCUCCCACCAGCCACAUCACAGGAUAUUACAUCACUUACGAGGAAGAAGGAAGCAGCCCACGUGAGCUCACGCCACGCCCACACGCCGGCACCAACUAUGCCACCAUCACAGGUCUGAAACCAGCCACUGUGUACAUCAUUAAGAUUAUCGCUCUGCAGAACACACUGAGAAGUCCACCACUGGUGGGCAAGGCCAGAACACAGGAAUCGCUGCUGUUACCGCUGCCUAUACCUCCACGCCACAACACCCUCGGUCCGCUGGAUGUGCCCGAGACCGACAUCUUGGUGAACGUGGUGGGUCCGACUGUGCAGCCGGGACCAGGCGAGGGCGGCCAGGGCAUGGAGUACACCGAAUACAACAACCAACCCACUCUGCCUCACAGCGGGCACCGACCGAACCCCUACGUCCCCGGGACGGGCCAAACUCUCAUCUACGUGCCCGCCCCGGGGCCGGACGGCUCGCGAGUGCCCAAGGUGGUGCAGCUGAGCGACCGAAACGCUCACGGUUUCACUUUUCCAGAAAAUAAGACUGGGACGCCACAGGAGGCUCAGACUCAGACAACCGUCAGCUGGCAACCUUUCAGGCAGAGCAAAGCCUACCUUGUGACCUGCCAUCCAGUCACACAACGCAACGAGAAGAUGUUCCAGUUGCAACUUCCCAGCACGUCCACCAGUGCCACGCUGAUCGGCCUCACGUCCGGUGCUUCGUACCGCGUCCUCGUCGAGGCUCUGAAGGACGCGCUCAAGUACAAAAUCCUCGACGAGGUCAUCACCGCCGGUAACACAGAUCCAGCAGGAGUUCCAGCCAGCGACGAUUCAUGCUACGACACCUUAACCGCUACUCAUCAUAACAUAGGGGACGAGUGGGAGCGCAUGUCCGAGACUGGCUUCAAGCUAUGGUGCAGGUGCCUAGGCCUGGGCAGCGGCCAUUUCCGAUGCGACUCCUCCAAGUGGUGCCAUGACAACGGCCACAACUACCUCAUCGGCGAGCGGUGGGAGAGACGAGCAGAAAACGGUCACAUGAUGAGCUGCACGUGCCUCGGCAACGGCAAGGGAGAGUUCAAGUGCGAGCCACAUGAGUCGACGUGUUAUGAUGAAGGAAAGACGUACCAGGUGGGAAACCAGUGGCAGAAGGAGUAUCUCGGUGCGAUCUGUACCUGCAUCUGUUACGGAGGACAGCAGGGUUGGCGUUGUGAAAACUGCAAAAAGCCCGGGACCGAGAUCAAUACUCAUCUGCUGAAGCCGGUUCGCUACGGAGAUGGUAUCGCCAAAGUGAAUAUCCACUGCCCAAUCGAGUGUCUCCGGCCGGAUAUCCUGGCCGACGCCGUGGCCAAUCCCAACCCGUUAGAGUGAAGGGAUUCCUGAUUUUCAACUCCCCCUCCCCCAAUCCUCCCUCCUGUUAACAUGGCUCUGAUCCAACACGUAACAUCUGUGAGACUGUACUAACCCCCCUAGUGCCUUCAAGCCUUCCUAUUGGUUACUGCAAUCACCGCUACUGCUUCUCAGCCAAUCAGAGAAGCCGACAUUAUGCCAUAGCAAUUUUCACUGCAUUUAAUUGGUCGCUCAGGCAUAUGAUUGGCUUUCAUCUGUUUAUUUUUUUGUUUUUUUUAAAAUAAAGAACAUAAAACAUUAAGCUUUAAAACAUACACAAAUGUUGACAAUUUCAGUACAAAUGAAUAAAAUGAAAGAAAUCUACUCUACCAGUAUUAUUUUUUUUAAAAACCUUAACUAUAAAUCUGCACAAAUAAUAUAAAAAAUAAAGCACUGAUUUGUGAGAAUGUUACAUGAGCUUUUAGCACACUGAGCUUUUUUAAUCCUUCAGUUAGUUUCCCAUGGCCGAGUUCGCUCAGAGCCAGCACUGUUUUUAGAUCGACACAUGAUUUUGCUGAUCUGUCCUGAUUUGUCGAACGCUUUGAUUUAUUUAUCCGUUUGGACCCACAAGUGUUUUCAUCACAUGCAGUUAAGAAAGUAAUUGUCCUGCUGGUGCCAAAGUCUUCAUUACUGUCAAAUUCCUGUUUUUAAAUAAAGUUUUACAAAUAA